GCUGUUUAAUGCGUAAAACUCACCUCAGUUUCGGAACAUGUCGCGCCAAUUGAGUUUCAAUCCUCAGAAGGAAUAUGAGUUGAUCGAGUACCCCGGCCGAGUGGUAAAUCCCGAUCGGAUGAUAGCCACUCUGGGCGGCAUCAUCAAUGUGUCCAAGGUUUUGGGCGACGAAGUGAAACGAUUGGCAUUGCACUUCCAUCCGGAGAAUCCCUACAACAAACCCACAUUUGGGGACUGCACGGAUAAGACUGGUGUGCUGCUGUCCAUAACCGUGAGGCGCCACAAAAAGGACAAGCAACGGCCUCCGGAAUAUUUUGUGCGGGUGUUGGGCCACUGCAGCAGGAGUUUCACCUUUGAAACGCUUUGUGAUUUCCAAUACCUACCCCUCUGGUCAACUCCCACAAGUGACAACGCAAAGGCUGCCCAGGAGCUCACGUACGCUUUGGACCAGUUGAAACCCAAAAACACCACCGACUUGGACUUCUUUAAACGUCGUCACAGCCAAUUGCUGGCGCUGCCCGAAUUGUUCACCCAUGUGGACACGGUCUACGCGGGCACAUAUCGUAUCGAUCCCUCAGAAGACGGCCAACAUGAGGUGCUGGGCGUGCAGUCCAAGUCCUCCUACGACAACCAGGGCGUGGUCUCGUUCAACAUGGUGGACAGCUUUCCCACUCAGGCAGACUCCCAGAACCUUAAACGACUCAAGGUUAAGUACGUUUCGGAUGAGCAGCUGGCAUUGGUCAAAAAGCUAUUCGAUGACUGUCCAAUUUGGACACGAAUCGCGCUGCAAUAUGAAUCGGGUUUGACUAACGACAAGCUAAAGUGCAUCACUCCAUCGCUGGCAUUUUACUUUAGCAACGGACCGUGGCGCACUUUGUAUGUUCGCUUCGGCUACGAUCCCCGCAAGGACUUCAAUAGUCGCUACUAUCAGACCUUCGACUUCCGACUGCGAUUCAGCACCGGUCUCUCCGAAUUCGUGUACGCCAAGAAGUUUGUAAAGCAGCGGAGGGCGGCGAACGCUCCAUUCGCGCCCAUCGAGGAUCGAGUGUCUGAUUUGGUUCAGGACAUUGACUAUCCCUACUUCGAUGAGCACAAGCUGCCGCGCUCCAGGCAAUGCAUGCUGCGCUACUGCGACGUCCGUAUGACAAGGAUACAGGAAAUGCUGGAGAAGAUCCCCACUCCACUCACCGGAGCUGUGUGCAAUGAGCGCACUGGCUGGCUGCCGCCGGGAUUCGAUGCUCAAGUGCGACAGAUAGUCUGCGCCUCCAUUAGCGAACUUUUGCGCAACCAUUACCGCAAGGAGAACCUUACAGCCGAAGUGGAGGCAGUUACGCAGGCCGACGAAGAGGAUGAGGACGAGGCCGAGGACGAGGAGACGCAGGAAGAGGACAUGGAGCUGGAUGAGACGCAAGCCAUGGGCAACUCGGAGCAAUUCGUAGACAACGACAUCGAGCAACUUUUCGACAAUAUCACAAGCUGAAUGGGAAUGCUGACUGAAAUGAUUAUAGCAUAGAAUAUUUAUAAGUUCGCUUGCUUACUAGUGAUUUAAGUUCGUAUCGAUCAGCUGAAAUGAAGAAACCCUUAAACUUGGGAUCAUGUUCUGUUUGGUGACGUUCUUCAGCUUUCAAUAAUACAUGAUCAACUACGUUUUACCCAA